AUGGAAAUGCUACCGAAAUUACUACUGUUGCUCCUUAUCCUCGAUGUCGCCCGAAGCGCACAGAAAUUACAAGAAUUCUUCGAAUGGAAAAUCAUGGACUUCGAUUUUCCGUCCGAGAGGGACCGCGCGAUGGCGAUUUUCCGCGGGAAAUACAAACCGGAAAACAGCUUACCAGUGGGCAUAGAAAUUUGGCGCGAUAAACUAUUCGUAACAGUACCCAGAUGGAAAGAAGGCAUCCCUUCGACGCUAAACUACGUGCCGAUCAACAGCCCCCUGAAGAACCCCCCGCUAAUUCCCUACCCGGACUUGAAGUCCAACGAGCUGGGCAACUGCGAGCAGGGCCUAUCCACCGUCUACAGGCUGAAGGCGGACGCCUGCGACAGGCUGUGGGUGCUCGACACCGGCACCUUCGGCAUCGACAAGACCACCCAGAACGUCUGUCCCUACGCCCUCAACAUCUUCGACCUCAACACCAACAAGCGCAUCAGGCGCUACGAAUUCCGCCCGGAGGACGUCAACAUGAACACCUUCAUAGCCAACAUCGUGGUGGACGUGGGGAAGACGUGCGACGACGCCCACGCCUACUUCUCCGACGAAUUGGGCUACGGGUUGAUAGUAUACUCAUUCAAGAAGAACACCUCGUGGAGGUUCGCCCACAGCUUCUUCCUGCCCGAUCCCCUUCGCGGCGACUUCACCAUAGACAAGCUGAACUUCCAGUGGGGCAGCGAAGGUAUCUUCGGGAUGAGCUUGAGCCCUCUGCAAGAGGACGGGUCCAAGUGGCUGUAUUUCAGUCCAUUGGCGUCCCACAGGGAGUUCGCUGUUUCGACGGCGACCCUCAAGAACAGCUCGAAGGUGGGCGAGAGUUGGAGGGAGUUCCUCGCGUUGGAGGAAAGAGGGCCCAACUCCCACACGACUUCGCGAGUAAUGGACGAGUUCGGGGUGCAGUUCUUCAAUUUGAUAGAUCAGAACGCGGUGGGUUGUUGGAACUCCCAGUAUCCCUACCACAAGAAGAACCACGCUGUUGUUGACAGGGACGAUGUAGGGUUGAUAUUUCCAGCGGACGUUAAAGUGGACGGUAACCGGAAUUUGUGGGUGAUCAGCGACAGGAUGUCCAAUUUCUUGGAGGCUUCGCUGGAUUACAACGAGGUUAAUUUCAGGGUGUACUUUGCGCCUGUGGAGAAAUUGAUCGAGGGAACCGUUUGCCAAGGGGCUAAGAGGUAUAGAGUUAGCGGGAAUUAUGGAUUUGACCGUUAUCACGUUUUCGGGCACGAUUAUAAUUAUUUAUUCUAA